AUGUUGGAGGUCUGCUCAUACAGUGGAUAUAAGGUCUAUCCAGGUCACGGGAAGCGUGCUGUUCGUGGCGACGGUCGCCAAUUUUAUUUCCUCAGCUCCAAAUGCGAGCGUUCACAUUAUCUGAAGCGCAACCCGCGCGAAGUAAGCUGGACUGUUCUCUAUCGCCGCAAGUACAAGAAAGGUGCUGUUGAGGAACUCAUCAAGAAACGCACGAAAAAGGUUACCAAGACUGCUCGUGCCUUCGCUGGUGCCAGUCUCACUGAAAUAAUGGCAAAGCGUAACCAAAACCCUGAGGUUCGCAAAGCGAUGCGUGACCAGGCUAUGAAAGCUUUGAAAGAAAAACAGAAAGCUAAGGAGGCUGAAAAGAGAGCCAAGAAGGCAGAAUUGAAGAAAAAACAGAACGUGGGACCUGGUCAAAAACAACAACAGAAGGCCGCGAAGAAGGUUAGCAAACCAGCUCAAAAAGGUGGGAAGCGGUUCUAG